UCCGCUUUUGAUUCGGCCACGCGCUUGCUCGUCAGAGGCUGCUUCAAUAAGAAGCGCCCGUAGUUCACCAGCCUUCCAUUCAAUGUUAGCAGCGAGCCUGAGGGAGAGAGCGAAUUGGUCCUAAGUGAGGAGACGCGGACCGCACAGGUGGGUUUCGUCGCCUGGUGCCCUCUAGACAGUGAAUCGCAUCCAUGGCUGAACUAGAGCAGGAGAUGAUCCCCUUGGUGUGGGGCAAGAAGACCUCACAGGGCCUGGCAGAUACCAUCUUUUGCCGCUGGACACAAGGGUUUGUGUUCAGUGACUCAGAAUCUACUGCAUUAGAACAAUUUGAAGGAGGCCCUUGUGCUGUAAUUGCACCAGUUCAGGCAUUCCUUCUGAAGAAGCUUUUUACUGGUGAGAAAUCUACCUGGAGACAGUGUCAAGAAGAAGAGCAAAAAAAUCUUCUUUGUUAUGCAUUAUGUGAAAUUUUGGAAAUGACUUGCUCUGAUCAUUCAGAGUCAUACUGUUUGGCCACAUGGCAAAGAGGAAAUCCUGUGCAAGAUACUGCUAAUAUUUCUGAAAGUUCAGCAGAAUCAAGCCAUCAAGAGGAGCAAUCAUCUGCCUUGGCUGCCGAAGAGUUUGGCUUUGAACGAUUUCAUGCACUAAUUCACAAACGUGCAUAUGCCAACUUUUCUGAUUUCAAAGAUGCAGUUUGGAAUCACCAUGCAAUGUGGGCAAAUAAAUUUGGAGUGCUACUUUUUCUGUAUUCUGUGAUACUUACUAAGGGCAUUGAAAAUAUAAAAAAUGAAAUUGAAGAUUCAUCUGAACCAUUGAUAGAUCCUGUUUAUGGUCAUGGAAGCCAAAGUUUAAUUAAUCUUCUGCUGACGGGGUUUGCAGUAUCUAACGUUUGGGAUGGAGACAGGGAAUGCUCAGGAAUGAAAUUACUUGGAAUUAAUAAACAAGGAGCUGUUGGUUUUUUGACACUCAUGGAAUCUCUGAGAUACUGUAAAGUUGGAUCCUAUUUGAAGUCUCCAAAAUUCCCUAUUUGGAUACUUGGCAGUGAAACUCAUCUUACAGUCUUUUUUGCCAAGGAUCUGGGUCUUGUUGCUCCUGAAGCUCCUUCAGAACAGGCCAGGCGAGUCUUUCAGACAUAUGAUCCUGAGGAUAAUGGCUUCAUACCUGAUGCUCUUCUAGAAGAUGUAAUGAGGGCCCUGGAUCUUGUAUCAGAUCCUGAUUAUGUAAAUCUCAUGAAAACAAAAUUAGAUCCAGAAGGACUAGGAAUCAUCUUACUAGGUCCCUUUCUUCAAGAAUUUUUCCCUGAACAGGACCCAAAGCUUCAAGAAUCAUUUGCUGUAUACCACUACAAUGGAUUGAAGCAGUCUAACUGUAAUGAAAAGGUCACAUAUGUGGAAGGUACAGCAGUAAUUAUGGGCUUUGAAGACCCCAUGCUACAAACUGAUGAUACCCCAAUCAAGCGCUGUUUGCAGACAAAAUGGCCCUAUGUAGAACUGCUUUGGACCUCAGAUCGAUCCCCUUCAUUAAACUGAUAUUAAGAAGAGACUUUGUAUUCAUCCAAUAUUUUGAAUGAAUGUGGGAUAUGCAACUGACUGUAUCUAAAAACAAACUUACUUUUUUUUGCGACUAUACACUGGUAUCACUGAGAAAUUGUAAAUGAACACUUUUUCAGUGUUAAUUUUUUUUUAAAAAAAGAAAACCAAUGAAUUAAUUUGUAUUAAAACUAAUUCCUGUUUGGCCAUAGUAGAAUAGGUAAAAUGUGAGUUUGCAUCCAUAAGCCUACUCAUUCAGCCAGAAAGAAUAAGGAAGUGAGCUAUAUGGCAGCAUCUGCACAGUAGAUUAAGUUUGUCUUAAAUAUCAUAGUAUUCACUUGUUUCAUGCUUGUUCAGUCAUAGAGUUUAUUUGAAUUAUACUGCCUUAGGGUACAACCUGUUUUGGGAGUCCCAAUGUCCAAGCCUCACUGAAACAUAAAGAACUAUAAAAUAUCAGGUAAUACUAUUAUAUUGUUCUCAUUUCAGGAGGUUUUCUGCCAGAAACUUAUCUAAAGGGUUGUGACCUGUACUAGAAUAUCACAGUUUGGGAAAUAGAUUGAUAUUUGCACUAAAUAUGCUUAGAUGAAUAACAUCUCUGCUGCUUUUCUCUAAAAAUCUGACUCUUUAUCUAUGUAGCUUUUUUGAAAAUGAAGCAAAAAUGAUUUUUAGUAUGGCUGGUGAUAAAUGAUAAAUAUAUUUAUUGGAUGUUAUACCAUUCUUAAAGCUUACCUACUAGUCAAAGCAGGAUUUAAAAUUGCAUAUUAAUAUCCUGAGUUGUAUAAAGGAUAUAUAAAAGCCUAAUUGCAAAAAAGCGCUGUGAUUUUUGUUCCUAUUAUUGCCAAAUAUCUCUUUUCAAUAUGUACUAAUAAACAUAUACCUACACACUACUAUACAUGUUAACAUGCAUGAGUAAUCUGUUAUUCAAGUAGUAUAGUGUAUUUAUUAUAUAGCAAAUCAAAAUUAAAAAAAUAUUCAAUAAUAAAUGGAC